AUGUCCAAAACAAAAGCCAGAAAAAAUCUCCCAGUUCAUAUAGUGGAGCCACAUAAUGAUGUUGUUCCGUUUUUACACCGGGCAAUUGCGUCACGAUUGCUUCCAUAUUCAGGCAUUCCUAUGGUACACUUUGACUCACAUCCUGACUUGCUGAUACCCAUCAACUUAGAGGCAGAUGUUGUCUUUAAACCGCAGCUACUUUAUGAGUCUAUUAGUAUUGAAAACUGGUUGUUGCCAUUAACAUAUGCUAAACAUUUGAAUCAAGUUGUUUGGGUGAAGCCACCAUGGGCUCAGCAGAUCCAGACAGCAGAACAGACAUUUUCUAUCGGGAGAUGCACAGCUACUGGGAAGUUAAGGUUAUCCAGCAAAGAGAACUACUUUUUGACAGAAGGCUUGUUUUGUCCAGCUCAAGACCUUGCUGAUGCAAGCAGUGUCAAACUGACAGUUAUAGAACUCUUGCCUGACAAGUGGGCCAACCUCAACCCACACAGUGAAGAAUCUGUGGAGACCGUGACCAAAAAGCAAAGCGGUAUUGUAGAAUUGCAAGACCUUGUCGGCAACAAACCAUAUAUCUUGGAUGUUGAUCUGGACUUCUUUUCAACUGCAAAUCCUUUCAAAAAUAUGUUGAGACAUGAUGAGGAGGAGGCUUUGAGGAGACUCUAUCACUAUCCUCCAGUCACAGAUUUCUCCGAUGAGGUCAGUCG